AUGUCUACUGCUGGUAGCAAUGCAGCCGGAGCUGGUUCGUCUCAGAUAAGAGGAGGAUCAUCGAGAUUUGAGGGAAUAACAGAUUUAUGUUCAUUAUCAUCCUCUACAGCAGAAGAUACCGUUCUUGCCACUUUACGCGAACGAUAUUUACUUUCACAGCCAUACACAUCACUCUCUCCUUCCGGUCUUGUCUCUGUCAAUCCCCAUACAUACCUCCCAGUGAAUGGCGACGCAUCUCUGCAGGACUAUGUGGCGGAAUACUAUAAAAUCAAUGUGGAUGAUGAAACUUCGAGGGACGCGGAUUCGGGGUCGAGCAGGAGUCGAUUAGGUCCUCAUGUAUUCCAAUUGGCUUUAAGCGCAUAUUAUAAUAUGAGAAGGACAAGACAAGAUCAGAUAGUUAUUUUAAGUGGACCAGUGGCAUCGGGAAAGUCAGAGAUGAGAAGACUAUCUAUCAAAGCUAUAUCAGAAGUCAGUGCCGCUGCACCGGGAAAGAAAGGAUCGAAAACAGGAAGUCAAGUGGCCAAUGCAGAAUUCAUCCUGGAAUCAUUUGGUAACGCGCAUAACAUAUCCAACGACAACGCUUCUCGAUUUGGGAAUUACACCGAACUUCAAUUCAAUGAUCGAGGUAGAUUAGAAGGACUUAAGACCAUUGAAUACUACUUUGAACGUUCGAGAGUUUCUCAAACUCCUGCAAGUGGAGAAAGAAACUUUCACGUCUUUUACUACUUAGUCAGUGGUGUUCAUGGAGAAGAGAGAUCAUUCCUCAAAUUGGAAAAUGUGGCUUCAUAUCGUUAUUUACGAAGUCGCGUGAGAAGAGUUGGAAUGGACGAUCGACAAAGAUUCGAACAGUUGAAACAAGCUUUCAAGACUGUCGGUUUAUCAAAUCGACUAGUCGCUCAACUGUGUCAAUUACUAGCUACGAUAUUGCAUAUAGGAAAUUUACAAUUCGAAACGGGUGGUAAUCAACAUGAAGGCGCUGUUGUCACAAAUUUCGAAACUCUCUCUACCGUCGCCGAAUUCCUCGGCGUAUCCCAGGAAGCUCUCGCAGAGCUAUUCUCUUUCAAAACUGUUUUAAUGAAGAAAGAAGUAUGCACCACAUUCCUUGAUCCUGAACAAGCCGAAUUGGUUAGAGAUGAACUUGCUAGAACACUCUACUCUCUACUCUUUUCAUGGCUGAAUGAACAUAUCAAUCAGAAACUCUGCAAAGACUCUUUCGGAUCUUUCAUCGCACUUCUCGAUCUUCCUGGUAUCCAAAAUAACCUUGGACCAGUCGCCAUGUUCAACUCCCUUGAUCAAUUCUGCUUCAACUUUGCAAAUGAAAAGGUCCAAAACUGGGUCCUUCACCGGAUUCACGAAACGACACUUGAAGAAGCUGGUAAAGAAAAAUUAACAGCAAAUAGGAUCCCUUACUUUGAUAAUUCAGAAUGUGUCAAGAUGUUAUCGGAUGUCAAAGGAGGGUUGAUUCCUAUGAUGGAUGAUCAAGCUAGGAAAAAGAGGAAUGAAACACAAUUUCUCGAAGCGAUGGGGAAGAGAUACACCGGUCAUGCUUCAUUCUCUCUCGCAACUACAAGCAGAAGUGGUGGUUCUUCUUUUACCAUCAAUCACUACGAUGGACAAAUCACCUACUCUACCGAAAAUUUCCUGGAACGAGAUGCCAACGAGACUUCUGCUGACAUUCUUCGUCUUCUGAGAGGUAACACUACUGGUUCUCAAGCUGUGACUGAACAUCAAGGAUCCAAUAACCCAUUUAUCAAAUCCCUUUUCUCCUCUAAAUCAAUCGCUACUCAAUCUCACCCACGUAAUGACGAUGAGAUCGUCGCUGUACAACAACCAGUUCGACCUAUGAGAGCACCUUCGACCCGUAGGAGAAAAGGUCGUCCCUUGAAAGCUGUCACAGAGAACGAAGAAGAAGGAGAAGAUGACGAAGUAGGAGGUGGUAACGACGGUGGCACCGCUGGGAAAUCACUAAAUUGCAUUGCGGGACAACAUUGGUCUGCUUUGGACACCUUAUUACAAACAUUCGAUCAAGCUCAACCAUGGUUUAUAUUCUGUCUGCGACCCAACGAUAGUCAACUCCCUUCUCAGGUGGAAAUCAAGAGCAUGAAGAGUCAAAUACGCUCUAUGGGUCUCACCGAAAUGGCAAUACGAUUGCAAACGAGUUACGAGGUCAGGAUGACUCACUUCGAGGCUUGUGAUAGAUAUGCUGAGGAAUUCGGAAUCAGAGGGAUAUUGAAAGGUCCAUCGGAUGUGGAUAGAUUACAGGAUUUGAAAAGAGUAUUGGGCUUGAGUGACUCGCAAAUGGUGAUAGGAGCAAACAGAGUUUUCCUCUCACAUGGUGUCUUUCAUCGAUUUGAAGAUCGCUUAAGAGCCGAGGAAAAGGAUGAACAGCGACAUCGCAAGGAAGAAAUGGAAUAUCUUGAUGACAGAGACCGCAAGAUCGAUCCGUUCUCACCAUACAACAGGGAUAUUUCACCAUCUGCCUCUCCUGCUCUUGGCUACUCUGAUCCUUACCUGCAAAUCGAAUCGACCGUAGAUUUACCCCUUGUCGGACACGAACACACUCAAUCUUUUAGAGAAGACUCACCAGAGGACUUUGACGAUAUUCGAGGCUUCGCGCCCAGUCAGGUCACUAGUCAAUUCGGUGACUCUGCUUCCAACAUGGGUACAGAAACCUACGCGCCUUCAAGGAACAUGUUCCGUGAUUUCGAUCACAAGGAUGAAAAAGAUGUCCUCGAUUUGGAACCUCAGGAUGGCGAAAUCACCGAAGAAUAUAAGGAAUCUAUCGCGAGACGAAGAUGGGUUUGGCUCUGUACCUUACUCACAUUUUGGGUACCAGGGUUCUUGCUAAACAAAGUUGGAGGUAUGAAACGACAAGACAUUCGACAAGCCUGGAGGGAGAAAUUAGCUAUCAAUAUGAUCAUUUGGUUCAUUUGUGGUUGUACGGUCUUCGUCAUCGCCUUCCUGGGUCCCCUUAUAUGUCCUACUCAACACGUCUACACUUUUAGCGAGUUAGCAAGUCAUAGUUACAAGAAUGACCCAAACAAUGCCUUUGUAGCUAUCCGAGGAGAAGUCUUCGACCUAUCGGAAUUUGCUCCUACCCAUUUGACAGCUGUAUCGGUCGUUCCAACCAAGAGCCUAAUGCAAUAUGGCGGUUUGGACGCUUCCAAUCUGUUCCCAGUACAGGUCUCAGCUCUAUGUGAUGGCGCUUCCAGCACUAUCAGUCCUUACGUCACUCUCGACUCCACCAAUACCACUGAUGUAUUCAUGCAAUAUCACGAUUUCCGAGCUUACACUAAUGACUCAAGACCCGAUUGGUACGCUGAAAUGAUGAUCAUGAUGCGACAUCGAUUCAGAGUUGGAUUCAUGGGUUAUACAAAGAAAGAUGUGAAGAAAAUGGCUACAUCCGGAAGAGCUGUGGUCAUUUACGAUGGUCUCGUUUAUGAAAUGACAACUUAUAUUCAACAAAACGGAGGUGGUCUCAAAGCUCCUGAUGGUGUUCAGCUCACAUCCGAUGAUCAAGCUUCCAGAAGAUUUAUGUCUGAUCAAGUUGUCGAAUUAUUCACCUACAAUGCUGGAAAAGACAUCACUACUUUACUGGAUAACCUCGCUGGGACUGUUGGACAAGAUCUCGUCAACAAGCAGAAAGUAUGUCUGAGGAACUUGUUUAUCAUCGGGAAAGUGGAUUCCAGGGAUUCGGCUCAAUGUCAAUUCUCAACAUACAUCUUAUUAGCCUUAUCAAUCGUCAUGGUAGCUAUCAUUGGUUUCAAAUUCUUAGCGGCACUAUACUUCGGAUCAGCAAGAGCACCUGAAAAUCACGAUAAGUUCGUAAUAUGUCAAGUACCCUGUUAUACUGAAGGAGAAGAAUCGUUACGCAAAACAAUCGAUUCGUUAGUAAGACUGAAAUAUGAUGAUAAACGAAAACUCUUGAUGAUCAUAUGUGAUGGAAAUAUAAAAGGUUACGGAAAUGAUAAACCAACUCCAGCAAUUGUGUUAGAUAUCCUCGGUGUAGAUCCAAAUGCUGAUCCUGAACCAUUAAGUUUCCAAAGUUUGGGUGAAGGCGCAAAACAACACAAUAUGGGUAAAAUAUAUGCUGGACUAUAUGAAUGUGCGGGUCAUGUAGUACCUUAUUUGGUAGUGGUCAAAGUUGGUAAACCAACUGAAAGACCAAAACCUGGUAAUAGAGGUAAAAGAGAUUCUCAAAUGAUUGUAAUGCAUUUCCUGAACAAGGUCCACUUCAACGCUCCUAUGAAUCCACUUGAACUUGAAAUGUAUCAUCAGAUCAAAAACGUCAUUGGUGUCAACCCGAGUUUCUACGAAUACAUAUUCAUGGUUGAUGCCGAUACUACAGUCGAUGAGAUGUCACUGAAUAGGCUUGUCUCUGCGAUGAUGCACGACAAGAAGAUUAUCGGUGUUUGUGGUGAAACUUCCAUUGCCAAUGCCAAACAAUCGAUCGUCACCAUGUCCCAGGUAUACGAAUACUUUAUUUCCCAUCAUCUGGCAAAAGCUUUCGAAUCUUUGUUCGGUUCCAUCACAUGUUUACCAGGUUGUUUCUCAAUGUACCGAUUACGAUCACCUGAUACGCAUAAACCACUCUUCAUCUCGAAUGGUAUAAUCCAGGAUUAUUCGGAAAAUAGAGUCGACACUCUACAUUUGAAAAAUUUACUUCAUUUAGGAGAAGAUCGAUAUUUGACAACACUGGUCUUGAAGCACUUCAAUGAUUACAAGACGAAAUUUGUUCGAGACGCUUAUGCCCAAACUGUAGCUCCUGAUUCCGCCAGUGUCCUGCUAUCACAGAGAAGAAGAUGGAUUAAUUCAACAAUUCACAAUUUAGCUGAAUUGGUUUUCCUGGAUCAAUUAUGUGGUUUUUGUUGUUUUUCUAUGAGGUUUAUCGUUUUCAUCGAUUUGCUUUCUACUAUCAUCGCUCCGGUCACCGUCGCCUAUAUUGUAUACCUGGUCUACCUCAUCGUAAAAGAGGGAUCAUCUAUACCAACUCUCAGUAUCAUUAUGCUCGCUGCGAUUUAUGGUUUACAAGCUUUAAUCUUUGUAUUCAGAUUAAGAUGGGAUAUGAUAGCUUGGAUGGUUUUCUACAUUCUCGCUAUUCCAUACUUCUCCUUCUUCCUCCCUCUAUAUUCGUUCUGGAAGAUGGACGAUUUCAGUUGGGGUUCUACCAGACUAGUCGUCGGCGAGAAGGGUAAGAAGAUUGUCAUUCAUGACGAAGGUAAAUUUGAUCCCCGGUCUAUUCCUCUGAAGAGCUGGAAUGAUUACGAGAACGAGCUAUGGGAUCAAGAAUCUGUUCAUUCUGGAUCAUACAUGCCUCCUAACAAGGGAGAGUACGAUUCACGUCCUGGCUCAGCAUACGGCUAUGAUAAUUACGAAACUCGAUCAAGGAUAAUCUCACCGUCAGGAUCGUACGGCGACUUAAGAGGACAGUCAAGGAUGGGAUCAACGUACAAUGGAGUGGGAAUGGGUGUUCCCGUUCCACAAUUACCAUAUCAUCAGAGCCAAAAUCAAAGCCACAGAGAUCUCAUGGGAAGUCCAAUGAAUUCCACUUCACAUCUACCAUUAACUGGAAAUGAAAGUAAUAUAUUUGGUGAAAAUAAAAGUCUGUACUCUCAACAUCCUCUGGCGAUGGAUCAAAGAAGUUUAUAUGCCAAUUCGAUGUAUAAUCAAUCACAAUUGAAUCAACCUCAAUAUCAAGGUAUGCCAUAUCAACAUCAAUUAGAUCAUCGUGGAUCAAGUUAUUCUCUUGGUGGAAAUGGUAUGAACAUGAACAUGGGAAUGGGCAUGCAACCUAUGCAAGGUGGAAACAAUAUGAUCGGAUUAGAUCCUAGAAUAUCAUCUUAUUCAACAUAUAAUCCUCCUCCACCUGAACAACGACAACAGUUUGCUGAGCCACAUCAAAGAUCAUCACCCGUUCCUCAAUCACAUUCAAGACCAGUAUCAAACUUCUUAUCAGAAGUCCCAUUACCAUUUGAUUCAUCAAACUCAAACUCAAACUCAAAUGCAGGUGGAAUGGGUAUCUCAUUAGGUCCACAAGGUAUUCCGGAAUCGCAACUGGAAUCAUCAAUCCGAAAUAUUUGUAAAAAUUCAGAUUUAGAUACUUUGACUAAGAAAAUGGUGAGAAAACAAUUGGAAGAUGAGUAUCAAGUGAAUCUAUCUACUAGGAAAGAUAGUAUUAACAGAAUCAUCGAAAUGGUUUUAGCUGGUAUGUUUAUAACAUUUUCAUUCGUUCUUCUGAGUUUUAGGGGAAUACUGACAUGA